GGAAGAUUCCUCCCUCCAUCUCGCGUGACGUGCGCUGAGAACGCGGUGUCGGCGGCGGGGACCGCGCUCCUUCCAUCCGCGAUUGUCUUUGGAAUGUUCCGCAAGAGUUCGAAGCGGACAUUCCGCCGCAGGAAGAGCGAGUCGAGCGAUGAGGAGAGCGAGGGAGCGCCUGGGCAGCAGCAGCAGAGCGUGUGUGUGGCGGCGGCGGUUGUUGCAGCGCGUCGAGGCCGCAACCGGGGGCUCGCCUGCACCUCCAAACCCUCCCCUGCUCCCAGCAGUCCUGCUCGGGCCUAUUGCCCUAGUCCCAGCUCAGCCUCGGAGAGCGAGGAAGCUGCAGAGACCGGAAUCGAAUUAAAAAAAGAUGUACGGGAGGCUGCUGAAAGAGGUCCCAGUGGUGCUCGGGUCCACGACAACAAUCUACUGAGCUUCGGCUGUGACAGAGAAGCGGGUGAAGAGGAAUUUAAGUUGAAGAAGUCCGUUAACACCAUUUUGUUUGCACCACAAUGGAAUAAAGAAAAACAAAGUAACAUUGAAAAAGAUGGAGGAAUUACAAAAGGAGAAAAGGAGGCUCUGCAAGAUGUUAUACCAACAAAAAUUAAAACAGAUGAUUCUUUGGAAGAGGAAACAACGGAUGUACAAACAGGAAAUGAAGAGAUUGUUUCGGGGGAUGAGGAAUCUGAUACAUUUGAAGCAGCCAAGUAUAAAAAGCAAUCAGGUGAGAUUCCAGAUGCUCGGUGCAUUCAGGCUGCUCGUAAAAAGCGACAGAGGGCAAGAGCCCAAGCUGACUUCAUUCCCCUUCACUCAGCAAGAGAUGAUACUUCAGUCCCUGAUGAAGAAUCUCCAAUUAGUGAUGAUGAUCUUGAUGAUCAUGAGAAACGAAUAGACUUCACCAAGGCACUCAAAACACAAAGACAGAAAAUGGCAGAGGACAUUGGUAUAAAUGAAAGCGACGAUGAGAUAAGAAGUGGCGAGGAUGAUGAUGAACAGAAAUUAUGGGAGCAGCAACAAUUCAAAAGAGUAAAAGUGCUUUCGUUUGCUGAUGCAGCCAGCCGGCCAAACCCACUCAUUGUGAGUAGGAUGCUGGACAACCUGAAGAAACUUCCACCGGUCAACUUGGAAAUUUUGAAAAAGCGAUUAAUCAAUAGAUUAGAGUCCUUGCAAGAAGUUCACCGGUCCCAUCGUCGUGAGCACGAAAAGAUUCAAGAAUCUGCUGAGAGUUCACAGUGCACAAUUGAACACCUAGAAGCAGCUUCUGACCCCAAUCUUCGUUACAGGUUUUAUCAAGAAAUGCGAACCUAUGUUAAAAAUCUCACCAAUUGCUUCAAUGAAAAGAUACAUCGCAUCAAUGAACUGGAAUCUGAGCUGCAUCAGUUACUGCGGGAGCAGGCAAGAAAACUCUUACAGCGUAGACAGGAUGAUGUUCAAGAUGAAACAUCCGAUAUUUGGCAGCUAUCAAAGGAAGAUGACAUCACCAGUUGCAGCAACUUUGACUCCAACAACUUGGACUCCGUCGAACUAUUGCAGCAGAGAAUUGAAAAACGAGAGGCAAGAAGGGCUCAUAAGGAACACUUAAGAAGGCUGGCAGGCAAGGAAGCAGACCAUCACAAAUACUUGUCCAGUGAUGAUGAAGUGUCUCCAGCUGAGAUAUCUGAGUUCCAUGACAAAGAAGAUCACAUUCUGAAGGAAUCCAGGAAGAUUUUCCAGGAUGUACAUAAAGACUUUUACAGUUUUGACAACAUUUUUGCCAAGUUUAAACAGUGGCGGGAGAAAUUUCCGGAUUCAUAUUACAAUGCUUAUAUUGGACUCUGUCUUCAAAAAAUCCUGAAUCCUUUAAUCCGUUUGCAACUGAUUGGAUGGAAUCCUCUAAAACAUGAUUACUCGUACUUGUCAGAAAUGCCAUGGAUUUCAGCUGUGGAGGAGUACUGUCACCUGGAAGAUGACGAAUUCAAGAAAAGUGAUAAGUCUGAUGCAACGUUACUUCGGACAGUAAUUGAAAAAACCAUAAUUUCUAAAAUUGAAGGUUUUAUAAUUCAUGUGUGGGAUCCUUUGUCAUCUUCACAAACACAGAGUUUAGUAAAAAUCUGCAGAAAUCUGGAAGAGGAUUAUGAUGUUUUCAAAGAAGAACACAGCAAAGCCUCACAGGCUCUGAGAAAAAGUAUUAUCCUGAGAAUGACUAUGUCUGUAGAAGAAGACGUUUUCAUUCCUCUCUAUCAAAAAAGUUUAUUGGAAGAUCAAGCAUCAAUUCAUUCUCAGUUCCAGGAAAGACAGCUUUGGUCAGCUGUGAAGCUGUUGGGUAAUAUUCUACAAUGGGAUGGCUUAUUACCAGAACAGAUUCUACAGAACUUGGGACUGGACAAACUAUUCAAUCGCUACAUUUUACGAAUCCUUCAAACUUCUCCACACAAUCCACAAAAUAUAGAAAAAUGUGAAACGAUAAUAGCUUGCUUUCCCAAGAGCUGGUUUGAAAAUCCAGAGACACGGAGUAGCAUACCUCAACUGGAAAACCUGUGUAAAUAUCUGGUGCAUUCUAUACGUAAAGGUUAUGAAAAUGGUGCAAAGUCGCAAGAUAUGAAAAAUGUUGAAAGAGAAGCAAUAAAAAUGCUGAAGAUGUUAGUCCUGAUCCGUGCCUUGGACCAUACUGAGACUAUCAUCAAUGAAUGUAAAUUAGAAGAUAUGGAAUGGAUUUUCCAAGGACAGAAGUGAAUAAAUCCAAUGUCUUCCAAUCUAAUUUUAUGAUACACCUUUAUUUGUUCACACCAGCAGUCUUUUGUAGUAUUACUUUGAUAUCAGAAUAAAAAUGUCACAUUUGUC